UUUGUUUUGUAAACUUGUGUUUGAAAUUUUUUAUAUGCAUUGGAUUCCAUGUAGAAACAGCUGAUUCCGCAUUUAUCCCAUCUCUCUCUUUUCUUUCUCACACAAAUAGGUUAACCAGCUUAACUAAAUAACAAAUGCAACCCGUUUUCCUUUACGAAAAUCGAUCAUUUUUUCACAAUCCUCUAACCCUAAUAUUUGAAUGGAGUCAUCACUACCACCAGUAAUCGAUUCCGGAGAGCGAAAUUGGCUCAAUCUUCCACGAGAUAUAGUAUUAUCCAUUUUCCGGCGGCUUGACACAGUCGAUAUUCUCAUUUGCACUCAUAAUGUUUGCACCACCUGGCGCAAAAUCUCCAAGGACCCUUUCCUCUAUCGCACCAUCAUCUUGCCCAAUUUCGGCGACCUCGGCACGGACUUGGAAUUAGAGGUUUUAUGCCACCGCGCCGUUGAUUACAGCUGCGGCCAGUUAAUUGAUAUCAGCAUCGAUUAUAUUGGUACCGAUGAUCUUCUCCACCAUAUCGCCAAUUCUGCAAGUCAUCUGAGACGCCUCCGUCUUGCGUGUUGCUAUAGCGUGACAGAUGAAGGAUUGUGUGAAGUUGCUGAAAAGCUUCCUUGCUUGGAGGAACUUGAUAUAUCAAUUAGCCGCUUAUCCAAGGAUCCUUUGGAAGUUAUUGGCCAAUGCUGUCCUCGAUUGAAAACCUUUAAAUUCAACAAUCAAGCAUGCAAACAUCUAGACUUUGAAUAUGAUGAUGAUGAUGACGACAACGAGGAGGCAUUUGCUAUUGCGCAAACCAUGCCUGGGUUAUGCCGUCUCCAACUUUUUGGAAACAAGAUGACUAAUGAUGGUUUGCUUGCUAUUCUUGAUGGCUGUCCUCACCUUGAAUCUCUUGACAUUCGUCACUGUUUCAAAGUUAAUUUGGUAGGAAGUUUGGAAAAGAGAUGUAAAGAACAGAUCAAGUAUUUACGGCUUCCAAAUGAUGACACUGAUGACUAUCCAUUUGAAACUGAAUUUCAUGAUGGAUCAUAUUAUGAAGACUACUCAUCAGAGUUCUCAGACACAAUUUUAUUGUCUGACUUUGAUUUUGAUGAUAACCAUUAUGACUUUGAUUUUGAUUUUGAUGAUAACUAUUAGUCACAGCUUUUAGUUGUUUCCAUGUGACAUUGGGAUAGAAAGAAAGUCAGGGAAGACCCAGCAAUAAAGUAUCGUGUACUUUCUAAUGAUGCUGUUUUUAUGAGUUUGGCAGGUGGUUACAGCAUGACGGUCUUUUAGAUGGGCAGGUAGCUGAUAAUCAUUUGGUGAAGCAGUUUCAAUGUUACCCACUUUUGUUUCUCUGAUAAAUGUUAGAAACAAUUUAUUUGAAUUUAUGUUUGGAAAUUUGAGAGUUAGUUUUGCUCUGAA